AUGUUGUCUUCUGUUUUCCCCACCGCCGGCGACCAUAUUCCGUCCGACGACUUUCUUGGAACUGGGUUUACCCCUUGGGACACUGACACUCAUGAAAGUCCCUUUCUUUAUCCACCUCAAGAGCCUGUCUUUUCGUUUUCCGGCUCCGACGACUCCACACCAAAAACCAACAGCUCCAACUCCGGAUCCGACGAGGGAGAUGUUGACCGGAAUCCUCUCGAAGUCACCCUGAUUGAUGAACGUAAGAGGAGACGCAUGAUAUCAAACCGGGAGUCUGCACGGAGGUCUCGCAUGAGAAAACAAAAGCACUUGGAGAACCUGAGGAACCAGGUGAACCGGCAUAAGAUUGUGAACCGAGAAAUAAUGAACCGGUUAAGUUUUGUAAGCCAUCAUGCACAAGUUAUAAGGCAAGAAAACGAGAGGCUCCGAUCGGAAUCAGUGAUGCUCCGGCAAAAACUAUGGGACAUGCGUCAAGUACUGCUCGUCCGGCAGCUUCAGAACCCGUUAUUAUCGUCUGCAUGGCCAUGCAAUAAUAACGUGACAACCAUCAAUGAACAAAACCCGCAAUCGUUAAUUACAUAA